AAUAUAAAUUAAUUUCUAUUUCAAAGGUUUUUACAAAUUGUUCAUAACCUAUGCGUUGCCUUUUUAUAAAUGUUUUACAAUUUUCCACACGUGAAUAGCCUCUAUAAAUGUGUUUACAAAUGUCUUUUAUCAAUUCUGUCAUCUGUAUACACCAUCAUUGAUCUUAAAUGUUGAUGAGUUUCUUGACUGUGAACUAAUAUUUGUAUUGUUCAAGAUGAUAAAUUUAGAAUUUUCUUAAUAAUGCAUUUGUAAAAAAAAAAGGAUUUGACUUUCUGUGCUUUUAAAGCUGUUUGAUAUGAAGCAGCAUGGUGUUUUUGCAAAGUUUAAUUUAUUUGAAUUAGGUAUACAUUUUAUUCUUGCUGUAUGAACCUCACCAGACUAAUCAAACUGGCUGUGUUGCGAUGCAUUUGACCGACUGUGGCGAUAUAGGUGGAGAUAUAUUGGAAAGUUUUCAUUUCGAGUCGUGGGAUCUUUAUAUCACACAAAAUUGGACCAGAUAAUGGCUUGAAUAGAUUGAGCAAACAUUGACCUCUUGCUGGUUCUCGUUCCAGGUCCAAUCGGGUAGCCGUGCCCCCAUGUGGGAAUGAAUAGAACUUGUCUUGAAGUGGCUUACAGGUACGUUCGCUGCUGUCAAAGGUAUCGCAAUGCGCCUCACGUGUUAAAAGUAGAUACCCCAAAAAUUACUUUUGCAAAAUGAAGAAACAGAAGAAAAAAGUGCGUUUGUUGUCACCUAUUUUUAUCUAUGCAGUUGCCAUUUGCAUCGCAACACACAAAAUAUAAUGAAUAAAAUGCACUUGUAAAAACACUCAUCGAGAGAAGAAAAACUUAGCAAAUGAUGAAAAAAAAACACGGGUUUAUUUUUAAAAUGUGAAAGAAACUUAUAGUCUACUACGCCCACCCGCGGCAGCUUCCUUCCACUUUCGGUGCCUCAAGGUGCUCGAAUCAGGCCGAGGACUGGUCCAAGUCGGCCACGCAUCCAGGUUCCAUUCGGAGGCUUCGAUCUCGAGAAAAAGUUGGACACAAACUGUCUUGUGACACUACCCCGAUCUGGCUGCUAUUUUAAAUGCAGUCGCUUUCGGCUAUAAAGAGGCCUUUUUAUUUUUCUGGGGUUUGUCAGCGACAAAAAAAAAACGCCCUGCAGUUAGUUAGCUGGCGAGUUAGCUUAAGGAUCGCUCCAGCAGGUUGACGACUGACGUCACCAAAAGGGUUCGACGUGAUUGGCGGAUUGACAUAUGAGGGCGGUCCCAGUAAUCCUAAUAAAUCGGAAUCAAGAAAAAAUCCGUGAACAUUCCUCGAGCAGACGAAGACGAAGAUGGACAACCAAGCUUGGCAGACGAUGAGCCCGAAUUUGGUCGACAACCAACAACAGCAGGUCAGCAGCGCACCGCCAGUUGCGACCGUUGACGUCUCUUUCGGAGUCAUCAUCGGGCAGACCUUCUACAAACUGGUCCCCGUGGGUGUCGUUCCUCCUGUGGUUGAGCCAGCGAUCUCCAAGCCCAAAACGAAAAAAGCCCCCGCAAGAGCCGGGCCUGACAUCAGGAAGCCGCCCAACGCCUUCACGCUCUUCAUGAAAGAGCAGCGACCUGUUGUCAUGGCUUCUGCGGAAGGGGAAGACAGCGCCACCAUCAACACCCUCCUGGGUCAGAUGUGGGAGUCGCUGUCGCUGGCUGAGCAGCUGGAAUAUUAUAUUAAAUCUGAGCAGCUCAGCCGGAUCCACGCCGCCAUGUACCCGGACUGGAACAACUAUAGGAGAAGGCCAAAGAGGAAGUGGUGCCGUGCAGUCAGCAGCCAAAACCAUCUGAGGGAAAAUCAUCUCAGCCUGAAUGCGCCACACUUGGCUGGACCGGUUCCAGUACCCCCAGACUUGGCUGUACCGGCCCCAGUGACCCCAACAGGGCCCAACGAGGACUUUGUUUCCACUUUUUUCUCGCGGGUUGGCACUGACGUGACCUCGGCCUUAUUCGGGCUUGUGGAGGCAGUGGAGGUGCAGGAAGUUGUUGCGGAUGGCCGUACGAGCUCAUAAUUUUCUUUCAAACUUUAAAAAUAAACGUAUUUUUUCAUCAA